CGGCCACGACUGUUUAUGAUCUGCACUAUAGAAUCAUUGUAUUUUUACGACUUUCUACCGCGAUCCCCUACUGCGCGAUCAUGGAGAGUAAAUUAGCCAAGCUGGAGCGAGACACGAUAACAAACUCGCUGGAGAUCGUGCACCACAAGAUCCGGCUGCUGAUGGAGGUGUGGAAGAUGUUUUUCGACGAGAUCUGCUACCUCGACUAUCUAACCUCACUCCCUUCGAGCAUCGAACAGUUCCUGGGGGAAAUCUACUGCCUGACGAUGAACUUUUGCGUCCGAAAGACGCAACAGAUACGGGAACUGCAGACCAAAAUGUUCGAAAUGCGUCGCAUACUUGGUGUGACGAACGGCGCGCUGGAAGAUGAUUGGGACCAGGGCCAUACGUCACUCGACCGGAAGCUUACUCAGUUGCAGCAGCGAAUAAAUUCGCUGCAACAGCAGAUAGACGAACGCAAACGAUUGAUGAAACAAUACACACUGGAAGAGGGGCAGUUGCUUAAGGAUCUGGGCGAAGUCGCUCCACCACACGAUCCGCUGUGUGAAAAUUCGGAAACGGGCGUGCUUCCGGACGCGCAAAAGAUGACCCAGUUCGCCGAUUACCUCACCCGGUUGCGUACGGAAAAGGUGAAGCGUAUCGCAACGCGUGACGAUCUGCAAACAGACAUUCGCAAGAAGGCGCAGCAGCUAGACUGGGUACCGCGGAAGGAACACCACCGGGAGCUGGUAAACGAACAGUCCCUAAUUCCUUCGCUGACCCAUUUGCAAGAGUUGCAACAUCUGGACUAUGUGUUGUCGGGGCUGCUGAAGCGUAAGCAGCAUCAAGAACAACACACUGCAAACCAACAAUCAAAGAAGGCGAAAAAGCAAGAAAAACGCCAUAAGCACACCAAGCCGGAAAGUCCGACGCACUGUACGGAAAAUAGCAGCGGAACGGAACAGGACCAGCAGCAACAGCAGGAUGACCUAUGGUCACAGUGUAAUGCGAUAAUCGAGCGCCGAAAGGCAGGUUCGCCACCACCAGCGCCACCUUCAUCGCCCGUCUCGGAGGUUAACACGUCCGAAUCCGGCCCAUGCAGUGGACUGUUCGAGCGGACCAUCGCAGCGUACAUGCGCGUGGAAUCGAAAGCGGGUCGGCCGGCGACGCGGGAGAAAGUCAUCGAGGAAAUAUUCCGACGCUGUCGGGCGGGCAUUAACGUGUGGUGGAGCCGUUGUCUCAUUCUGCCGCACGAGCGCCAACAGUGUAAGGUGCUGUACACAAACCAGCUGGAUGAGGAUGCGUUCGUGGCGCACAUCGAACAGCAGAAGCUGCUGCAGAGCUACUACCACGAAAACGAGGUCAUAUUCCGGCUCAUCUACCUGUGGGCGGAAAAGUGGAACCAGGCAGUGCAGCUGCAGCGCGAGACUGAAGAGACGGUGGACAAGCAACCGGCAGCCCAGUGUUCGGAUGGGGCCAACGCGCAAACACAGGCACAGAAGCUGGCGAAGGCCAACAAGCAGCUGGCAUCAAUCGGGAAACAGCUGGAGAGCAAAUGUCGCGAAUUCGAGCAACGGUGUCAGGUGAAGUUCACCAUGUAUGGCAUGCCGGUAAUGCAGGUGCUGACGCGAUGCCAAGAAAAGCGCGAAAAGCUGAUACUACCGGAGAGUUGUAAGCAGCAGCCAGCGCCAGCCCUGCGCACGAAGCCUGCAUGUGCCCGGCAGCAACUUUCGCCCGAGAUGGCCCUAGAGCUCGGGAUGAUGUUGCGCGAUCUGUUGCGCGAGAAGCACAUGGAUAUGAUUAUGAAAACACCCAACACGGAUUCGGACGAUUCCAAUGACGAUGGUUGCAACAGCAGCGCCGAUGAGUGUGAGGUGGACCAGAAACGCGACGAUGAACUGCUGGAGGAAGCCUUCGCAUCCGCAACUGCGGCAGUCACUACUAAAAACCGCAUGCACCAUUCCGUCAACGGGCAUCCGGCAUCCUGAAGGUGUGGCUUAAUAAGCCACAUGCCAGCUUGUCGAAGCAGAAUCACACAUAUUUGCGCCUGCAAAGCAAACUAGUUCCACACAUUACAAACUCGCAGAAAAUCAGUAAUCGAACGCGUCGAUGAUCGGUCGAGUUUUUUUAGAAUUAAGAAGAUACGCGCGCGCGCCAUCCUUGGGAAACCGAGUGCCUUUUUUGAAACAUUUUCAAGCUUCCGCCGUUGUUUUGUGGUUCCCUUGCUUUCUCACCCACUCGCCUUUCACUGUAUGUUGCCCCCCAGACAGGGCUCUAGCUUACAGUGCCGGUUUUAAUAUUCCCGUAAUGUCGACGGGAUCAUCUACAGAAGGUUACGAAGUUAGAGGGUGAUGGUGAUGAUCCAUCACCAUCGAAAACGCAUUUUCAUUUCAUUUAUCCCUAGAUAUAAGAACGGUUACCACGACGAGGUUAGAGAGAGCCUUGACAGGCGGACAAUUUAUCGUUAGGAAUUCGAUUUCCCCCAACUUAGCUGCGUUAUUUUUAUAGCAAACAUCCUCUCGCAGUGCAUUACGAUUCCGAAGCAGCAAUCUAUUAUGCAAACCAAUCAAACACACAUACACCCGAAACACAGCAAAUCGUUAACACAUUCAACCAAAUAAUAAAACAAAAAAUGCU